UUUAAUAAUUUGUAUUUUUUCGAUUUCCUCCUCCUUUGCUUCAAUUGCCAUUCUCCCCCAUUUUCAUCUUCUUCCUUCACUUCAUUCUUCUCUUCUUUUUCUUCCUCUUUUUUAUCCUCUUCCUUGUCUAAACCAAUUUUUAAUCUUAUCAUUUCUUCCCUCUUAUCUUCAGAUUUAUCCAAGAAGAUUAUAGCAUCCAUAACAGAUUCCUCCUCUUCCCCUUGCUUCUUCUUCCCUUCCAUAGCGGUUGUAGUAGAUUCCCUCAAGGAAUUCCCACUCUCCCCUUUCUUUUCCUUCUUCCCAUAUUCCUCCACCCUUAUGGACGAAUCUUCCUCCUUCUCCUCUUCCUUCUGCUUCUUCCCUUCUAUAGCAGUUGUGGCAGAUUCUCUCCCCUUCAUGAAACAAUCCCCCUCUUCAUCCUCAUCCUCCUGCUCCUUCUUCCCUUCCAUAGCGGUUGUAGCAGAUUCCUUCACCUUUAUGAAGCAAUCCUCCUCUGUCUUCUGCCUCUUCACUUCCAUAGCGGUUGUAGCAGAUUCUCCCAAGGACUCCUCCUUCUCCCCUUUCUUCUCCUUCUUCCCAGAUUCCUCCAACCCUAUAGAAGAAUCUUCCUCCUUCUGCUUCUCCUCUUCUUCCCUCUCUUCAACUUCCUUAUUUUCCUCCUUAUUUCCUCCCCAAACAUUAUUACAAUACAUUGGAGUACUUGCUCUAGGGACCGACUUCUUUUGCAAUAAUUUCUUCUUUACACCACCCCCAUCUUUAGUAUUAUUCAGGCAAUAACGGCACUCUUCCUGCUCCUUUUCAUUAUUAUUAUAAUCAUUUUUAUCUUCUUUUUUGUCCUCAUUUUCAAUAAAAAUAAGUGGAAGAACAUCAAUUUUUAAUACUUGCUGUUCUUCCUUCUUUUGUGUUUCUUCUAUUUUUAAUUUUUCCAAAUUAAAUUCCAUUGUGUUUGCUUCAAAAUUUGAUUCUUUUUUAUCUUCUUUAUUUAAUUUAUUUUUAUUCUGACGCUUUUUUCUCUUCUUCCCCUUAUUUUUAGCUUGCUCAUUUACUUCUAGGUUUGCUUCAAUUUUUAUUUUUGCUUCAUUUUCAGUUUUUGUUUCAUUCUCUUGUUUUGCUUCACCUUUUAGUUUUGCUUCCGUUUUUGUUUCAUUUUUAAUUUUUUCUUCAUUUUCCUCAAGGUUUGUUUCAUUUUCUUUUAAAAGCUUCGCUUCAUUCCCCCUUUCCUUCUUUCCACCUUCUUCGUUAUCUUCUUCCCUUUCCCUCUUCUUUUCACCUUCCAAUACCUUUCUACCUUCAUUUCCACUCUUCCCACCAACCUUCCCAACACCCUUCUCUUCAGUCAUCCCUUCAUCCUUUCCUUCAUUCCUCUCUUCAGGCAAUUCCUUCUUUACCUCUUCAAUUAUUUCCUCAGUAAUUUUAUAAAGUGAAUGUCCUUCCCCCAUCACAAAUUUAAACAUCCCCAAUGCCUCUCCCAAAUAAUUCAAAGCUUUUUGACGUUGUCCCAAUUUUUUCGCAAAAAUUCCAAUGUUUCUAAGGUGAAAGGCUAAAGCUGGGUGAUUGUGAGGAUAACAGAGCCUUAAACAAUUUUCCACGUUUAAAUGUAAUUCUAACAGAAGAGUUGAGUUGUUUGGGUCUAUGAAAGGGAGUAGGGCCUGAAAAUUAAUUUUUUGAAGUUUUUUUAAGAAACAGCGACGUUUACGGAC